AUUUAAAUAUAUGAAGGUCCUACUUCUUUCCCUGCUCAUUGUGACAUCAUUUGUUACUGUUAGCGCCCUUACUCAUGGAGACUUUAAGGCAAAGUAUAGAAUUUAUACUGAUGGACACGCCGCUCCUUCUGAGGAAGACUUGCUCGAAAUGUAUAAGGAAUAUGUUGAGACAUUUAAGUCUGAGAUGCCCGGAAUGAACAGUAAUGCUGGAAGAUUCGAGAUCUUUAAGGAGACCGUCAACAAUAUUAUGACUCACAACCAGAACCCAGCCAAUACUUGGAAAAAAGGAAUCAACAAGUUCUCUGACUGGAGCGAGGAAGAGUUCUUUGAGUUCUAUGGACUUAAUGCUCCACAGAACUGCUCUGCUACUGCUUCUCCAAAGAAGGUGUACAAUGCUGCCUAUCCAAAGUCCUUUGAUUGGAACACUGAACACAAUAAGGUAACACCUGUCAAGAAUCAGGGAAGUUGCGGAAGUUGCUGGACAUUCUCCACUGUUGGAGCAAUGGAGGCUCAUGCUCUUAUUGCCACUAACUCUACUCCUGAUGAGACUUACAACUUUACUGAGCAACAGCUAGUUGAUUGCGCCCAAGCUUACGAUAAUCAUGGAUGCAGUGGAGGACUUCCAUCUCAUGCCUUUGAAUAUAUCAGUCAAAAUGGAGGACUUGAGCACAGAGAGACUUACCCAUACUAUGCUAAAGAUAUGGAUUGUAUCCACAGCUCCGAUAACUCAGUUGUUACUACUAGUGGAUCUUUUAACAUCACUCUUGGAGAUGAGGAACAACUUAUCGAAUCCCUUUAUCACGAAGGACCAAUUUCGGUUUCAUACCAAGUUAUCGCAGGAUUCAAGGACUACGAGAGUGGAGUCUAUCAGAACAACACUUGUGGACAAACCACUAUGGAUGUCAACCAUGCUGUCUUAGCUGUAGGAAAAGGAUUUGAAGAUGGUACCGAAUACUAUCGUAUCAAGAACUCCUGGGGACCAGACUGGGGAGACCAAGGAUUCUUCAAGAUCAGAGCUAGAACUAACGAAUGCGCUAUUGGUGUCUGCAACUCUUACCCAGAGAACGUUCAUUUGAUCUCAAGAAACCCAAUGUACUCAGUGAAAGAUUACUUAGCUUCUGCAUAAUUUCCGUCU